AUGUACAAGAUGCAACUCUUGUCUUGCAUUGUACUGACUCUUGCACUCCUUGCAAACAGUGCACCUACCUCCAGCUCUAAGAGGGAAACACAGCAACAGCUGGAGCAAUUACAGCUGGACUUACGGCUGCUUUUGAGUGGAGUUAAUAAUUACAAGAACACCAAACUCUCCAACAAGAUGCUCACAUUUAAAUUCAACAUGCCCAAGAAGGCCACAGAAUUGAAACAUCUUCAGUGUCUAGAAGAAGAACUCAAACCUCUGGAGGAUGUGCUAAAAAACUUUCACUUGAAAGAUAUCAAGGAAUUAAUGAGCAAUAUCAAUGCAACAGUUCUGGAACUAAAGGGAUCUGAAACAAGAUUCACAUGUGAAUAUGAUGAUGAGACAGCAACCAUUGUAGAAUUUCUGAACAAAUGGAUUACCUUUUGUCAAAGCAUCUUCUCAACACUGAGCUGA